ACGCGUGCAAUCGGCGCGGGUAUAGAAGAAAAGCGGUCUCAAAAGACAUGACCGUCUCGUUUGUGCGCGCGAGGGGUCUCAAAGCAUUGAUGACAUACAGCGGGAGAGCAGCAUCCGCCGGACAGAGGGGCAAUCAAAUGUAAAACGAACGAUUCCAUCCUGCAGCGUUUCCAUAGCACUAGCCUCCUAUACAGUCCUUUUGAUGUUUCUAUCACGAAUGAAUCGAUGACGAAGAAGAAUAAGAAGGAAAAGGAAGAUUGGAGGAGAUUCGCUUCUCUCAUAACGGGGUACCGGUGAAAGAGGGACAGUAGCCUACCUAUUAGUCAAAAACGUCAAACGAGAAUAGCCGCACCAUCAUCAGUCGCGUCUGUUUGUCGUGAGAUGACAAAGUGAAGUGGCGGAUCAUGUCUCAGAAGAAGAUAUUUCUGGUCUUUGUGGCAAUUAGUACCGUCAGUCUACUGCUGCACCAUGGGGGCCAUUUCAGCUGGACGAUGGAAGCCUUUCACCUCGGCUGUCCGUCACUACGCACCCACCUGUCCUCCUCUCUCAAGCCCAAACACACCAACGUGGCCUUCCUCAAGACGCACAAGACGGCCAGCACCACCAUGCAGAAUCUGCUCUUCCGCUUCGCAGAGCGCAACAACCUGACAGUGGCGCUCCCUGUGCAGGCCUGCGGACACCAGUUCUGCUACCCGCGCACUUUCAACGCCCACCUCGUCCACCCGCACACCCUGCCACCCAACGUGGUCACUAGCCACAUGCGCUUCAACCGCGCCGAGAUGCAGCGCCUCAUGCCUAACGAUACCAUCUACGUGACCAUACUUCGAGAACCAGGGUCCAUGUUUGAAUCGUUGUUCAGUUACUAUAACCAGUACUGUCAGAGUUUCAAGAGAGUUCCCAAUGGGUCCCUGGAGGCAUUUCUGGACGAGCCGUGGCGGUACUACCGUCCGGACGAAAAGGACUCCAUGUACGCCCGUAACACACUGACCUUUGACCUUGGUGGGGACAAGGACCGUCCGGCGGCAGACGCGACAGCAUACGCCCGGGCCUUUGUGGCCGAGACAGAACGUGUCUUCUCCCUGGUGAUGAUCGCCGAGUACUUUGACGAGUCGCUGGUCCUCCUCCGUCACCUUCUCUCCUGGGAUCUGGAAGACGUGCUCUACGUCAAGCUCAACAUGCGGAUGUCCGGCUCCAAGCACAGCCUCUCGCCAGGCCUCCCCUUCAAGAUCCGCGCCUGGAACGCCUUGGACGCACGCCUCUAUGAUCACUUCAACGCCUCCCUGUGGCGCCAGCUGACUGCCCUGGGCCCGGCGUGCGUGGCCAGGGAGGUGCGGUUGCUCCGCAGGGCCCAGGAGAGGCUGGUGAGGGGCUGCUUUGGAGGACGGCUUCCCCAGCUCCGCUCUGCUGCCCAGAUCAAGAACAAGGAGCUGCGGCCGUGGCAGCCCAGCGCAAAGGUGGACAUCGUGGGCUACGACCUGCCGACCAACACCAACGCCACCUGGCCCGGAAGUCUGGCCCACGAGCUAUGUCUGAAGCUUAUCAUGCCAGAGGUCCAGUACACCAGGGUCCUGCUUCGAUCGCAGUCGCUACGCUACCGACGCAGCUACCCGCUCCGCUCCCCUCAGCCCCAGCCGCAGCAGCCCGUACGGUCGGUCCUGCCACGCCACCAACAGGUGGGGAUACAGCAGAUUCCCCGGGAGGCCCUUCCUCCAGGACCUGGUCCCGCCUCUAGCCCCACAGCCACCUCUCGACCUGCAGGGACCCAGAGCAGGGCCACCAGGGUGGGGCUAAGGCCCUCGGGCCCCCAGAGGCAGACGCCAUAACUUAAGACUGCAGCACCAGCCUUGAAUAUAGACUGAGUACAGACAGACUGAAUGCAGACAGACUAAAUACAGGCAUGCAGGUAGACAGACAGACUGUCCUCCAGACUUCAGUCAUUUGUCCCCAGGGACUGUAUCAGGGGGUUCUGGAGGAGAUAGGGAGAGGGGGGGGAUACCCCCAGAUUGGGGCUGGAGAUUGGGGUAGGACCCCAUCAAUAUGGGCACAGGCAGAGCACUCUCAUUAAUUACAAACUCUGUAUGGAACAAUAAAGAACUGUUACUCUCACUUUAUCUCUCUCACUCUCUAAUGCCACCCACCCCCCCUCCCAAACCUUGAGAAGAUCUUGAUGAUGACAGUGAGAGAGGGUCACCGCUCCGGGUCCGUGUCCUCUGAGAAUCCAACCCUCCAAGUCUUCUCCAGAGAGGAAAAUCAUCCAGUUCUGGGCUUUACCCCCUCCCACUGAGUGUUAGACCCCAGGACAGAGGUCAAAUGUCAAAAGUUAGGCCAGGGGUAAUUCGACUGACCCCUG